AUGCUCAGCCGUAUGCUGGCUGUAUGCCUUAGCGCCAGCUCAGUGAUGGGCCAGUGCCCAAACCAUCCUCACCUGGAUUUGUGCCCUGCCUCGACAACCGCGGAAGACGUGGACGUCAAUCGUGGAGGUCGCAACUCAGCUUGGAUGGCCUUGGCUCUGCCUUUGCUAGCCGCUCGCCCCUCCUUUGUCACUGCUGUGGUCACUCUGGUCGUGGCGACGGGUGCAGAUGCCCAGAGCCAUGGAAUGUCCUGUGGCAACAUCCGCACUUUCUACCAAGCCCAGAGCUGCUGUGGGGAGUCGGAGAGGGCUCUGGACUUCAGCAGCAGCGAAGGCAGCAGCUUCAGCAACUCCGUUUGUGAGUCUGGCAGCCCGGUGGGGGUGUGCCACUGCGAGAAGGCCAUGCAGCUGCUGUCGCAGGUGGAUGGCGUUCAGUUCCCGGUCGAGUUCUGUGCCCACAUGGCUGCUGUGAAGCCUGUGGGCUUUCAUGACCAGCCUAUCUGUGAGGCUUCGGAUGCAGGAAACAAUGCUGCUUAUUUGGUGGACGGUAUGGCCGGCAACACCAACUUCCCACAUGGCAACAUCAAGGUGCUGGCUACAGUGGGCGAGGUCGAUCCCACGACGGGCUCCAUGCUGACAGGCGUACCAGACGGGCUAGGGGCAUACCUGAAGGAUGCUAGCACCGUCCGGCUCGUCUACCAGAGCGAAGCAUAUGGCCAGCUUGUGACAUCCAACCCGGAGUCCUUCCCCUGGGUGGUGAACAGCAAGAGUGCCAGCUUCACCGGCUCCCACAUCCACUACAUCGACUACGAUCGCAGCAUGCUGGCCAGCUUCAUGGACGACAACGCGCCUUCCAAGGCUCAGGGCAUGGUAAAAGGAGCAGGCAACGCCGUGAGCAAGGCCUACAACCUGAAGCGGGAGCUUGUGGGGCCACGGAAUCGCACGGGCGAUGGCCUCCAGCCCACCACUUCCAACGUGCACGAGAGCAACGUGGACGUGAACGGCAAUUACAUCGUCGGGAGCACCGCCACAGCUCCCAGCAAGGCUGACUGGCUCAUGCAGUCCCUCUGCUCCGCACACUUGGAGGUGAGGCACCAGUGGGGAAAUGGCAUGGGCGUUGAAGACGAUCUCUUCAUCACCAACGAAGAGUGGAUCGCUUACCCCAGGGACUCCAUGCCCAUUGGUUUGCCCGUGCAUGUCUUGAACCUGGCGACAGGCGAGCUUUGGGCCACAGCGGCUUUCACUCUCGGUGGACAUGAGAAGGUGGUGGAAGUGAACAGCGGCCACAGAGACUACGUGGCCUUCGUGCCUUCAGGCUACAACGGUGCUUUUGGGCUCUCUGAAGACUCAGCUGUGCUCGCCGCCCGCAACGCCGCGUAUACCAGGACGGACGGCAAUCCAUACGUGUAUCCGCAAGACAUCGUGCCUACGAAGCUCUACAUCGGCAAGAAGAACACUGACAAGGAUGGCAAUGCCGAGACCACGGACUUCAUGGCCAGGAACGGCUUCGAGUAUGGUGCGCUCUAUGGCUUCGCGGUGGACUGCAACGCUGUGAAUCCUUCGCGAGACAGCUGGCACAAGUCAGCCUCUGCUGGUGACACCGUGACCGGUGCCUUCUACAAGCUUCGUUGGCAGGCGCAGCGGGGUGUGGUGGAGGGCUUCGAAAAAGACGGAAGCUGGGAGUUCCAGGAUGCUCCUCAGGGCGCUCCGGACGGCUGGUGCUUUUGGAAUUCCAACGGCAAGGACAGUCGUGGGGCCAAGACGGAGCACGUGUCGCCAGACCCCAGGGGCGGCCAGCGCGUCUUGCAGGGCUCCACGGCAGGCUACUUCGGCAUCUACGAUUUCCAGGACCUGCCCACGCUUUUGUCAGAUGGCGUGCCGACCUCCAUCCCGGCGACCUACACGGUGCAUCAACCCGAGUCCGACGUCGUCGACCUCAUUGAGCUGGGCGGUGCUGGCCUCCGUGCGGACGGCAACAACCAGACCAUGAUGCACGACAGGAGCAGGGACAAGACCACUUUCGAGGACGUGGAUGGCAUGGAGUGGAUUGCUGCAGCGAACGGGGAGGAUUACUUCGUGAUCCAUGAGGAUGGUGGGAACUUGUACGGCGAGCGCAAGUUCCUGGCCAAAGUGGGUGUCCCCAUGAAGUAUUUCUUCGUGGCACAGAGUGGCGGUAGCCAAAACACUCGCGAAUUGGCCAGCGUCAGCUCGGUGGCUGGCGUGCAUGGCAGGGCCACCUCCCAUGAGUUCUCCGGUGCCUUUGACCUCUCCGGGCUGCUCCGCAAAGAUGCGGCUGGCAACUUCGAGCUGACGGUGGGGGAUGUCACUGGCAAGAAGCGAGUGCUGGAGGCCGCCACGCCCAUCAACGAGAAGAUCAUCGCAGUAAACCUGCAGGCACACAGCAACAAUGCCGGCUGGGCUGACACCUUCAAGACGGACCGUGUGGCUCAGGUCCUGGCAUACAAGCCAAAGGCAAUUUUGAUCUCUUUUUCCCACUUGCUAGGUCCUGCGCAGCCGUGCUUCUCGUCCAAAGCGGCGACUCCAGCCAAAGCGGCGACAACAUCUAAAGCGGCGAGCUUCAGCGCUGUGCCCAUGUGGAACUCCUUCAUGGGCUGCGUCGGCGGCCCCCCACAUCCCUGGGCAUGGCAGCCAGGCUGGCAGCAGCCUCCUGCGCCUGCUCCUCCACCUGCGCCUCCCCAGCGCUUCUCGAAGCUGGCAGAUGCGCUGGACCGAAAGAACGAUCUGGACGACCUAGCGCCAUUAGACGAAGCAGCGAAGCUCGAGCUCAAAGGACAUUUGCUCGACCUCCUCAAGCAGGACUGGGUGAUUCCGAAGCCCGUCUUCACGGCCAUCUACGAGCCGGGGGAUGAGUGCGAGAAGCCGGCAGAGGAGGCCAACGUGUCCGAAAGCGAGCGCAAGAAGCGUCGGCUUGAGGAAGAUGCCAGCACGCCGAGAGCUUCCAGCUGGCAUACCACGCUUUCGAGAUCUUGGCAGACCCUGCAGCUCGUGCAGAGUAUGAUAUGA